AUGAUGUACAAUCCUGCUGUUGCUCUUCUUGACACUAUGAUCGAGCUUGAGGUUGCAAUAGAAGACAUUACACUCAUCAUCACCCCUGAUUUGAAGGUACUGAAAUUCAUAUCCUUUCAUUCAAAUCUGAUUACUUGCUUCUUCCAGAUUGGAGAGGAAGUUGUUCUUUUGCACAUUACUGUUGGGACUGGCAAAGGUCGUCUGGGAGGUUUAGCGCUGGCCCAAUUUUUUUAUCAGGACCUUAUUGGCAAGAAACUUAUUUCUGCUGGACAUAAUAUCGAAGUUACAGUUUCAUUGCUAGAAAUGUCUUUGCGAGCAAUUGUGGCAUUGAAGUAG